AUGUCGAAGCUUAAGUCGAUCCCACUUCUAUCGGUGCAGGCUGAAGCACUUGAUCUUGUCGGGAAGUUGCCAUUGGGUGACUCCACCGUCAACACUCUAAUGUUGGAGCUGUUUGCGGAGCGAGUGGACACAAUCGUCGUCGAUACCGCCAUCGCUGGGAACGUGAUGAACGGGUUCUUACCGGUGGAGACUAUGGAGAAUACCUCAAAGCGAAAGAAGUCCUAG